AUGCAGGCACAGCCAACUAGACAAUUGAGAAACUCAAUAAGAAAGAGAGGACAAUCCUCUGUUUCGAUACAAUGGAAACUAAGAGACCAUUCAACUGUGCUGCUUCGAAGCACCCGACGAAAGGCAAAUUCGACUGCUAUGUUUGUGAAAAAAGGUUCUUCGCCCAAAAAAACCACAAUCACACAACGUCGGGGUCUCAAACGUAGCAAAGGUUCCCAAAAAAACAAUAAAAUUAUUGAUCAUUAUUAUGAUGAUACAGAAGAAGAGGAGGAGGAGGAAGGGCCAACAAUUUCGCUUUUCCUCACUAUUCCUCCCGAGAUCUUUGCCGUGAUUUGUGCAUAUCUUCCACCCGCCGAAUUAUUUACUCUUUCUCGAGUAUGUAGACGCUUUAGAGGAUUUCUUUGGUCGACAACUUCGGCGGUAACUGAAUCGAUUUGGCGUGUUUCCCGAACUACUUUUUUACGGUAUCCGAAUAUGGCACCGCCGACUGGACUGGCAGAGUUGGAAUAUUUGAGACUUGUAAUGGAGAAAGGUUGUAUGUUUUGUGAUAAGGAAGAUGGACUUACUAUAUAUUGGGAAUUUCAAAUUCGUUGUUGUACCGGAUGCCUGGAAAAAAUUACUAUUCGGGAUUAUCACCUCUCUUCAAAAUUGAAAAGGAUGAAUGUUCCCCAAGAUAUUAUCUUUGGUCUUCCUUACUUGCUCCGUUGCAACACACCUAAAUACGACGGAAAAAUAUUUUUGCAAUCAGAUAUACAACGCGUACACGAGGAAUACUUGGUAGCGCCUGACAAAGAAGCAUGGGUCACGCAGAAAAAUGCAGAGAUUCUCGCAUUCCUUCAAGAUGCCCGAGAACGCGCCAAAGACACCCAAACUAACCAAAAAAUUCUUAUAAUGAUAGAACGAGGUCGCCGCUACAAAAUCAUCUCGGCAAAAAUCAAGGAACUCGCUAAAGAAUUACGCAACAGCAAGACAUCAAUCGGUCAAACAGAGUAUUUGCUUAAACGGUGCCCAUCUUAUCGACGUGUUGUUGACGUGCCGAAACCUUUUACGGAACGUUCUUGGAAUGCGUUGGUCAAGAAAUUGGAGGUAGAAUUGCCGAAUGCUAGGCAAUUGUCGCGGGGUAUUCUUCCGUCUAACGAUGAGAUAUGGGAGAUUCGCGAGGAAUUGCGUGAACGUGUGAGGAGGCUUCAAGCGAGAUUGGCAGAAACUUUUGACGAAAAUUACUAG